AUGACGCAAAUACUCGAAGCCAAAGCGCUCGUCGUCGAUGAAGCCAAGGGACCAUUCAAGCUGGUCGACAUCCAGCUCGAUCUUGCCGAGCUUCAGUCGGACGAGGUGAUUGUCCGGUUUAAACACACAGGUGUAUGCCACACCGACAUCAACUCUCGCAACCUGGCCACACCCGACCUUCUGCCCUGCAUCUACGGCCACGAGGGAGCCGGCGUGGUCGAGCAUCUGUCGAGCACCUUCAGUGGCGAUCUGAAAGUGGGCGAUUCGGUACUGGCGAGCUUCUGCAGCUGUGGCGGCUGUAACAACUGUCUGUCCAGUCGUCCGGCCUACUGCGACAUCUUUGUUCCUAUGAACCUCGUCAACUACACCAAGGACAUGCAGCAUGUCACUGUCCCUUACACUGCGCAAGACGGCAGCAAAGGCGAGGCGCAGAUCAAGUACUUUGGCCAGAGCUCCUUCUCCAGCCGCAUGGCUGUCACCGACCGCAGCCUGACCAAGGUGAGCGCCAAUGCCCCCACCAAGCUGGUCUGCGCCCUGGCCUGCGGCUUCCAGACGGGCUUCGCAACCGUCUUUGAAAAAGCGCCCUCGGACCAGCCUCGCUCGUUUGAGCUGUUCGAUUCCGCUGGCGUCCCUAUCCCUGCUUCUGCACGAACGUCAUCCCGUUACGAGCGCAGUCAGCAGACCCUUCUCGUGACCGGCAUGGGCGGUGUCGGCCUGGGCGCCAUCUACGGCGGCAAGACGCUCGGGUUUGGCGCCAUCAUCGCGUGCGAUCUCAACGACAGCCGGCUCGAGCUUGCCAAAGAAAUUGGCGCCACUCAUGUGAUCAAUGUCAAAGGUCUGGAUACGGCGGCAUUUGCGGCCAAGGUGAAGGAAUGCAGCGCUGAUGGGAGGGGUGCUUCCUUGGCGAUUGAGGCGAGCGGGUCGCCGGUUGCGAUCGGGAAUGCGAUCAUGGCGCUCGCGGUGGGAGGCAGGUCGGUGGUGGUUGGCGCGCCGCCGCCGGAGGCUCCGCUGCCCGUGCCUCACGCUUACAUCUUGGCGCAAGCAGCCUCGGUCGAGGGCCUUCUCAUGGGCAACUCCGUGCCCUCCAUUACGCUCCCCUAUCUGGUGAGCAAGCUCGAGGCUGGCGAGCUCCAAUUCCUCGAAAAGAUGGUGGCGGUCUACCAGCCUGCCGACAUGAACAAGGCGGUCGAGGAUCAGGAGAGCGGGCGCGUCAUCAAGCCUGUCAUUGAGUGGGCCUAG